AGGCGAGAAGGAACCACCAUUCUCAUCUUUUCCCAUUUCUGAUCUCUCCUGUCUCUCCAGGAAGCUUCAAUCACAAAGCAAGGCAAAGAAGGAGAGAGAGGAAGGGAGAGACAGAAAAACAAAGGGUGAAGAGAAUUCUGCGAGCUUAUAAAGGCCCUGUCUUUGCUCAUUCUCUUGUAUUUUAGUCUCCUCUCGGUUCUUCUUUCUCUCUGUACUAUAGCAGCGUUCAUAAGUACGACUCACAUUUCUUCAGCGGCCAUCAUGAUCUCUUCUAAUAGCAGCAGCUUCCUGAGCAACACAGGAGUAGGUGGGUCUUGCAGUAACUUCUCUGAUGCCCAGAGAAGAUGUUCAGGUGCUCCGAGGAUAGUAUGUAUGGCUCAAAGCAGCCGGUCAAAUGACCGAAAUGCCAGCGUGGCUGUGGAGACCAAGUUGAAUGGAAUUAAAGAUGAUUCUGUGGUGGUCGACGUGAACGGCAAACCUACCGUUGGCGGCGGCGUUCAGGACACGUAUGGCGAAGAUAGAGCCACAGAGGACCAGUUCGUUACGCCUUGGAGUCUCUCUGUUGCUAGUGGAUAUACUUUGUUGCGAGAUCCACACCACAACAAAGGGCUUGCCUUUACCGAGAAAGAGAGGGAUGCCCACUACUUGCGUGGUCUUCUGCCUCCAACAACUAUUUCUCAAGAUACGCAGGUGAAGAAAAUGAUCCGACAUAUACGUCAAUAUCAGGUUCCGUUGCAGAAGUACAUGGCAAUGAUGGAUCUUCAGGAGCGAAAUGAAAGGCUGUUUUACAAACUUCUUAUUGACCAUGUUGAGGAGUUACUUCCAGUUGUCUAUACUCCAACUGUAGGAGAAGCUUGCCAGAAGUAUGGUAGCAUCUUUAUGCGUCCUCAAGGCCUUUAUAUCAGUCUCAAAGAAAAGGGGAGGGUUCUUGAAGUUCUAAGGAAUUGGCCUCAGAGGGACAUUCAAGUGAUUGUUGUAACUGAUGGAGAGCGGAUCUUGGGUCUCGGAGAUCUUGGUUGUCAGGGAAUGGGAAUACCAGUGGGGAAACUUUCUUUAUAUACGGCACUUGGAGGAGUCCGUCCCUCCGCUUGCCUGCCCAUUACCAUUGAUGUGGGUACGAACAAUGAAACCUUGUUAAAUGACGAGUUAUAUAUUGGGCUUAAGCAAAGACGAGCAACUGGACAGGAAUAUGCUGAACUUAUCCAUGAAUUUAUGACAGCUGUCAAGCAAAAUUAUGGGGAAAAGGUCCUCAUCCAGUUUGAAGACUUUGCAAACCACAAUGCAUUUGAUCUACUUGAAAAAUACAGUUCAACUCAUCUUGUAUUUAAUGACGAUAUUCAGGGGACAGCAUCAGUGGUCCUUGCUGGAUUAGUUGCUUCUCUGAAAGUAGUUGGAGGAAAUUUAGCUGACCACAGAUUCUUAUUCCUUGGUGCUGGAGAGGCUGGCACUGGAAUAGCUGAACUCAUAGCACUUGAAAUUUCUAAACAGACAAAUGCCCCACUUGAGGAAGUGCGCAAGAACAUUUGGUUGGUUGACUCAAAGGGAUUGAUUGUUAGUUCCAGAAAAGAUUCGCUCCAACAUUUUAAGAAACCGUGGGCUCAUGACCAUGAGCCUGUUAAAAAUCUAUUAGAUGCUGUGAAUCAAAUUAAGCCAACAGUGUUGAUUGGAACAUCUGGACGAGGGAAAACCUUCACGAAAGAGGUUGUUGAAGCUAUGGCCACCAUUAAUAAGAGACCCAUUAUAUUUUCUCUUUCCAAUCCAACAUCUCAGUCAGAAUGUACUGCUGAAGAAGCAUAUAAAUGGAGCAAGGGGCGUGCUGUAUUUGCUAGCGGGAGCCCAUUUCCUCCUGUUGAGUACGAGGGAAAAGUGUUUGUGCCUGGCCAGGCCAAUAACGCUUACAUCUUUCCUGGAUUUGGUCUGGGCUUAAUAAUGUCUGGGACAAUCCGAGUGCAUGAAGACCUGCUCCUGGCAGCCUCGGAAGCCUUAGCUGCGCAAGUGACCCAAGAGAACUUUGACAAAGGGCUCAUAUUCCCACCCUUCUCUGACAUCAGAAAGAUUUCAGCACACAUAGCUGCUAAUGUUGCUGCCAAGGCUUAUGAGCUCGGCCUGGCCACCCGCCUUCCUCAACCCAAAGAUUUGGUGAAGCAUGCUGAGAGCUGUAUGUAUUCCCCGCUAUAUCGUGGCUAUCGGUAAAGCCACAACACAUUAGGACUUCCUCAUUUCUUGGUUUGAUCAUGAAAUCAUUAUACUGUCAUUUUUUGGUUUUUUUUUUUUUUUUUCCUUUUUUGACUCAGAAAAUGCCCUAAUUCAUGUUCUGUUGGUACAAGUAAUUGGGUGAGUCUUGGGUAAGUAACUAGUUGGGUGCUGGUAGUUGUAAUUGGACUACAGUGAAUUAGUCAUAGCCUAAAAAAUGUUGUGUAGUUGUACCAUUACGUGUUCAAAUUUGCAAAAAUGAAGCACAUCUCAAAGAGCCUUUUUAAGUAUUUGUGUGAU